UUCGCCUGGCAAUCUGCAAUCAGUUCUCCGGCAACAUUCGCAGUGAGCGCGAGUUCCAGUUGUUUUUAAUAUAAUUAAAACCUGCCAAAGGAAAAAAAAUAAACAAAUCAAAAUGAAAGUAUUCGUUAUUGCUGCUGUACUUGCUUUCGUCGCUGCCGCUGUCGCUCAAGAAGGCAUCAAGUUAACUGAGGCGCAGUAUAAGAAAGUCCGCGGAAUAGCAAAUGACUGUAUCAAGCAGACCGGCACUAACGAGGCGGAUGUACUCAAUUUGCGUGCUGGAGGUUUCAGCGCUGUCGACGAGAAUGCGAAAUGCUUUGCUAAGUGCUUCCAAGAGCAUUUGGGCUACGUUAAGAACGGAAGUGUCGAUGAGGCUGCUGUGAAUAAGUCGUUAGGUCCAUUGGCCGGCGAGGAGAAAGUGAAGGCUGUUCAAGCCAAAUGCAAUGGUGCAACGGGUAGCAAUGACUGUGAUGCCGCUCUCGAGAGGUACAAGUGCUAUUAUGGCGAAAAUAUGAAAAUCCUUGAAUAAAUUUCAUUCUGUGAUUUAGUUUAAUUUAUGUAAUUGGGUUGCAAAUAAUUUCGUUUGUUCUAAAGCAUUUUUAGUGUCUCGUAAUAAAUGUUUU